CUUGAGAAAAUUAUAAACAAAUCUCAAGUUUCAUACCUAUCCAUGGAAAGACAAAGGAGUUGCAGAAACGAAGACACAUAACCCAUACCUUAUUUUCUCAAUUGAAAGUGUAAAAUAUUCUCAGUUUGCUUUGCUUUGCUUUGAACAAGAGACUUCCAUCCCUUAUUUCACUCACAAAAAGCUCUUCACUUUUGUUCAAGAACCCUUGUCAUGGCUUCCAUAACUCAGGCGCAAACCCUUUUCAAAAACCCCCAAUUAGGAUCACGAAAGCUUUCUACUGUUUUCUUCCCAAUCGCGAUAGGUAGACCCUUGAAAUCGUUCUUGGGAGGAGUCUCUAUGGCGACGGUGAAGAGAAACAUGGUGGCUUCGGCUACUUCUGCCGCGGAGAAGGAGAAGAAGCGGUAUCCCGGUGAGUCAAAAGGUUUUGUUGAGGAAAUGAGGUUUGUGGCUAUGAAAUUGCAUACGAAAGAUCAGGCUAAAGAAGGAGAAAAGGUAUCUGAAGCUCCACCUGUUGCUAAAUGGGAUCCUUCAAUUGAUGGUUAUCUUAGAUUCCUAGUUGAUAACAAGUUGGUUUAUGAUACACUUGAAACAAUUGUCCAGAAAGCCUCUUUUCCCGAAUAUGGUGAAUUUAUUAACACAGGUUUAGAAAGGUCAGAGAGUUUGAAAAAAGAUCUUGAAUGGUUCACAGAACAGGGUUAUACAAUUCCUGAGCCAUCAUCUCCCGGUGUUACUUAUGCUAAUUAUCUUAAAGAACUUUCUGAAAAGGAUCCUCAAGCUUUUAUCUGUCAUUUCUAUAAUGUUUAUUUUGCUCAUAGCGCAGGAGGAAGAAUGAUUGGCAAGAAGGUGGCAGAGAUGAUACUAGAUAAGAAGGAAUUAGAAUUUUACAAAUGGGAUGGAGAACUUCCCCAGUUAUUGCAGAAUGUUAGGGAUAAGCUGAAUAAAGUUGCUGAAAACUGGACUAGAGAGGAGAAGAAUCAUUGUCUAGAAGAAACAGAGAAAUCAUUCAAGUAUUCUGGAGAUAUUCUUCGAUUGAUUCUAUCGUCAUGAUGAUAUGAUUAUGGUUAUCUGUAAAACACGUGAAGUAUGAGUUUUAUAACACUCGUUUUGUACUCUUGAACUCAUCUUUCCUUUUUUUUCUUCUCAUAAUAAUCAUGUAAUAAGUUUAACUUUUAUGGAUAUGAUUUGUUUUAGUUCUA